UAUCCGGGCGGCGGAAGGAGACGCGGCCGCGUGAGGACGAGGCGAUUUGAAAACACGCUUCGGGAGCGAGAGGCUGAGGCCGGUGGCGCCCGCCGUUGCCCACUGGGCUCUUCCUCGCACGUUCUUCCCCUCUGCCUCCGCGCCCGGGUCCCUGCCGGGUCCGCAGAGGCUACAGAGUCUCUCAUAAAGGCAGUUAAUACAUUGUAUCAGCAGAGAGGCCUUCUCAUUCCAGUUCCGACUUUGUUACUGAAGUUUUUCAGUAAAAUCUAUCAAAAAGAAGAACUGAGAUCUUACAGAAUCCGAUACCGUAGUAAAGUGUUAUCACGUUGGUUGGCUGGUUUACCACUGCAGCUUGCUCAUCUCGGCUCCCGAAACCCUGAACUUUCAACACAGCUUAUUGACAUUAUCCAUACUGCUGCAGCCCGAGCAAAUAAAGAGCUGCUCAGAAGUUUACAAGUUACUGCUCUCCGAAUCUAUGAUCCACAAGAAGGCGCUGUGGUGGUUCUCCCAGCAGAGUCUCAGCAGCUUUUGGUCCAGCUUGUGUAUUUUCUACCCAGUCUGCCUGCUGACGUGCUUUCUCGGUUAAGUCGCUGCUGUAUUAUGGGAAGACUCAGUGCAAAUUUGGCUGCCAUGCUUAUCGGGAUACUGCACAUGAGAUCAUCAUUUUCUGGAUGGAAGUCUUCAGUGAAAGAACAGAAUGGAAGUGUUCAGUUAAACACCAGUAAUGCGGACUAUUUCAGCUUCUUAUUUUCUACACUUACAGGGUUUUCAAAAGAGGAACUGACUUGGCUUCAGAGCCUUCGAGGAGUGCCUCAUGUCAUCCAGACGCCGCUUUCCCCUGUGCUACUUGACCUCACUGACUUGGAUCAGUUUUUACACCAUUGGGACGUAACAGAGACAGUUUGUCACAAUUUAUUGGUUGUCCCUGUCCGAAGCCAAAGCUUUGACGUCCUGCAGACUGCCGUCAGUAAGCAUUUGGUUGGAUUGACUGUAAUUCCUGACAGCACGGCUGGCUGUGUUUUGGGUGUUAUCUGUAAGCUCCUGGAUCAUACAUGUGUACUUAGUGAAACUCUACUGCCGUUUCUGGCUUCUUGUUGCUACAGUCUGCUUUAUUUUCUGCUUACUUUAGAGAAAGGAGAAGCAGAACAUCUAAGAAAAAGGAAACGUGGAGACAUCAGGAAGGUGAGGAAACCUUGGCGGAGACCCACAAGUGCAAGAUCCUCUCUUCUUCUCAAUUAUUAUUUCUACUCUUCUGAAUCAUCUAGAGAGAUUCCUGAGAAGGGAAAGAAUAGGACAUCUAUUCUCAUGAAAGAAUAAAACAUCACCCUCUGGGUGCCCCAGGCUGGGCAGCGGGCAGAGUGAACAUUUCUCUCCAAAGAUCUCAGAUACCAGUUAUCCAGGUAUGUUUGAAGGCUCCAGGGUAUGUCCCAAACACAGUGACCAGGGUGCAAGGACUGGAUACUGAGUUCAAUCUCAACUACAGCACAGGUGCGUGAGCAUUGCUUCACCAGCCAUGAAAAAUUAUCUUGGAUGAGGACUGAUCUGAGGACAGUGCUGAGGUCUUGAGAGUCUUGGAGUGGGGCCCUGGACUUGGGAAACAGAGACCCACCUGACAGAGCUCAGAUUCAGCCACUGUUCUGAGAAUGUGUGCGUUUUUGAGCAGAGGAACAAUGACAAAAGAUCCAGGUGAAUCUCACUUCAAAAUCCCUAUGUUCUUCAAAAAAGGAAAACAAAAUAUUUUUAUCUACCUUAAAAAUGCAUGAAAAGAAAGAAAAACCACAGAGCUCUGUUAGUGAAAUGCAGAAAAUCAUAUUAUGUAUGGGCACUGAGUGUCUGAUGCUUGUCUAGAGAGGGGAGCCUGAAAAUUGGGUCUCAAGCCCUCAUAUGUUUGGGUGGGUCUCAGCAUCAAAUGGAGCCAAAGGGGAGAAGUGGGAGUAGGGAGAAAAAUGGAGCUUUGAAAGGUCCGUUCUGCCAUUCAGCUAUGUGUGCCCCUGGAGUUAGCCCCAUCUCUCCGGUCCUGAGGGCCCAGGACCACCAGCUCAGAAGAGGCCAGUGGCAGGACAUGUCCCUUGGGAAACAGAAACCUCAGGGAAGCUCCUGGAAGAAGAGCAGAACCCAGAUACUACCCAGGUUCCAUGUAGCAAAUGAAGCUGUGAGGGGUCUGGAAAAAGGUGUGGCCCAGCAGGUGCCUGUGGGCUGCACUGAGCUAAUAGCACCUGGAUUGGGAGAUGGGACUCCAGGUCCAACUGUGGACACAUUUUUUGUUUUAAUUAUUUUAACUGGAGGAUAGUUACUUUUGCACACCGUUUAACUUCUCUCAUAUUCGUCUAUGCCAUGACUGCUGUCCAUUCUUCCCCACAGAGGGGUUGGUGAGGGCAUCAAGGGGUAAUGGAUACGAAAGCACUUUUGUUAAUGUAAACCCUAUCAUAAACUUCAGCAUCACUGUCAUGGAUCAUGUGGCCUUGGACCCUGGUACUUGGGUUCUAAUAUCCCAGUUGUGUCCCUUUGGGACUAGUACUUAGUACUUUAGUUCCCACUAGGCACAAUCCCACAAAGGUCAUCCCCAUGCUCCCCUUGGAGACCAGCCAUCUCAGGGCUUGUCCAUUCAAGCGGUCCUCUUUCAAACCUGUCUUUUAGGUAGGGGGCUGCCAGAGCAUGGAGCUUCUCCAACUUGACACACUUGGAGUCCCAGUAAGAACACCUUCACUGCCACCCACCAGAGGCCUUGUUGUUAGGACACCCCAGGAACAGACAGGUAGAGGCUGGAAGAUUCUCUUUUGUCAACCUGCAUGUCCAGAAGCUGCUGGAGAUAUGAAUUCACCAAGAGAGUGGAACUGAAGAUUUGGAAGGAGAAAUAAAAGGAAGAGGAGGCAGGCUACCAUCUGACUUCACUGGGGAUAAGAAUUAAGUCACUGACUGACAAGCAGGACACCUUGGGUCACCAACAAUUCUGGAACAUAAAAGGCAAACCAGAACAGCUGCUUGGUCCCCAAAAGACCUGAUAUCCUGACACUUUGGGGGACCAUCCACAGAAGACAUGCAGGCAGCUCUUCUGGGGUCUCUGCUUUCUGCACAGUGAGUCUCUGGUGGCUACUGACGCAGUACCUGGGUCCCCUCUAGAGUUACACCCUGUCUUACUCAAUGAAUGCUCUAAGGCUGGACAGUUACAAAUUCAAGCUAAAUUAACUUCACAGCUAUCAUUGGUCCAGCCCUUACCCAUGCUGUAGCCCAGGCUCAGCCUCAGUCCUUGACUCCCAACUAUGUCCCAGUUGCAGCUAUCACCUCUGGGUCACAUGGAAACCCAGGCCAGACCCCUACCCUUAACUCUAACCAUGACCCAGAUUCAAUCACCACCUUUGGGCUCACAUGAGGACUCAGGCUAGACCACAACUUGCCGGGGUCCAGCCCUGGUAGAUCCAGGGUAAUUUGAAGCAGGGAUGGAGUUGGCGUCUAGAGGAAAAUUGUUUAAUUAAAGAUAUGGAGAGAUAUUGGAAAAGAAUAGUGUAGUAGGAAAAUUAGUGGAGGAAAGAGGCUGAAUAACUUGGUUUUCACGGAGAACCAAUAAAACUCUGAGACAAGGGGUUUGCACCGUCUACAUAGGCCACCAGCGCCCGCUUGAAUAGCAGAGGGUGCCCCGCCUUGGGCUCCCUCUCACGUGGGUCUUAGAAGCC